AUUAUCGAUAUGUAUCCGUAAAAAAAAGGAAUUUAAUUCGUUUGUCACCGAAUUUUUUUUGACAUUUUCCAUGUCAUUUUGAGUGUGUGGAUUCUAUGAACGGAUGUUCUUUGAUUAUGGUUGGUUUGACUUUAUAAAUAGAAUUUGAUGGAGAAGUGUGGCGCAUGUUUAUGUUUGAAGUACCUUUUAGUAGAUUUUGAUGGCUUUUUCACAACCAAAUGCUCAAAGAGAAUUAGCAAAUCGUAAAAUUUUAGAAGAACUACAGAUAAAGAAACAAUUACUUCUGAAACAAGGGGUAGCAUCUACUCUAAACUCCGCAGCCCUACCUGUUUUAGGAUCGACAACAGUUCAAACAUCAGAUGGUCAUUCUAUGAAUCCCCUCCAAAGGACUGCAUUACAAACAGCAAAUGCUCAAUCCACUGGUUACUUUAUAACUCAAGAUUCCUCUUUUGUCUCAAUAUGGGGACAUUGACAGUAAAAUAGUGGCUGAUUUAGGUAGCGGUUGUGGAGCAUUAACAAUUGGAACUGGAGUACUUGGUGCUUCUUUCAUAAUUGGUUUUGAGAUUGAUAGAGAAGCUAUUGACAUCUGUUUAGAAAA